AUGACACAACCGCACAAGACCAUUGCCGUGGUCAACGGCACCGGCCGACAAGCGGCCUCGCUCAUCCGCGUCGCGUCCGCCGUCGGAUACUCGGUCCGCGCGCAGAUUCACACCCUCAAAGGCAUCAUUGCCCCCGAGUUGCAGCAGCUCCCCAAUGUCACUCUCCUGCAGGGUCCGCUCCUCGGCAAUAUCCCGCUGAUGGAUGAGCUCUUCAAGGGUGCUCAGCUCGCCUUCAUCAACACCACCUCACAGUCCGGCGACGAGGUCGCCAUCGGCCGCGAUCUCGCCGAUGCGGCCAUGCGCGCCGGCACUAUCACCCACUAUAUCUACAGCAGUAUGCCCGAUCACUCUGUUCAUGGCAACUGGCCCGCACCCCCGCAGUGGGCACCGAAAUUCACCGUCGAGAAUUACAUCCGCCAGCUCAAUAUGCCCUCCACGUUUGUCUACGCCGGCAUCUACAGUAAUAACUUCACCAGUUUGCCCUACCCGCUCUUCCAGAUGGAGCUCCUCGCCGACGGGAGCUUCGAAUGGCGUGCGCCCUUCGACCCAGACAUCCCUUUGCCCUGGUUAGAUGUCGAGCACGACGUGGGUCCGACCCUGCUUCAGAUCUUCAAGGACGGCCCUAAGCGGUGGCAUGGCCAUCGUAUCGCCCUCACCUUCGAGACCCUGUCCCCGAUCCAGGUGUGCGCGGCCUUCUCGCGCGCCCUGGACCGUCCCUGCCAGUACAUCCGGGUCCCCAAGAUCGAAAUCAAGGUCAACAUCCCGCCUGGAUACAGAGAACAGCUCGAGGCGCUGGAAGAGCUGUUCGGUCGAUGCGACGCGCCCUACUUCCCGCAGCCGGAGUUCUCACAGCCCGCUGCCGGGUCUCCAAAGGGUCUGGGGCCCUUUGGUGGAAAGGGUGCUGGCGCAGGCAUGAUGCAAGGUCCCGGUGGUGUGAUCUCGUUGCGGGUCACUGAUGAGGCCCGGUAUCUCUGGCAGGGCUGGCGUGAUAUGGAGGAGUAUGCUCGGGAGGUGUUCCCUGUGGAAGAAGAGGCCAAUGGUCUGGAUUGGAUGCUCUGA